AUGCCCCAACUCGCCUCCACCUACCGCGCUGCCCCCGAAGACGUCCCCACCCCCCAGUGGUUCCUCGACCACGACUUCCACCUCUCCUUCCUCCGCCUGCCCGGCAACGAAAUCGCUGGAUACGAGCAGGUUGACCACGAACACGAGCGGACCUGGCUGGAGCAUGUCAUCGCCAACAACGACAGCCACGCCGCCUCACCUAUCCCCCCCACCCUGCCUCUGCCCGCCCCGGAAUGGGGAAAUCCGGCCGACAUCUCCGGAUGGGGCGACACCAAUGUCGACUGGAGCAACACUGACUGGGGGAACGUCCCCAUGAACGAGGCCGACAUGGAGUGGUCCCCCCCUAUACAACCUCCGCGCUGCUCCCCUCCACCCCGCAACUCCCCCUCCCCAACACCGCAGCACCUCCGCCCGAUGCCCGCUCGCCUACGCUCCGGCGCACCCCCUCCAACCCGUACGCGCCCUUCUCCCCGCUCUCCCAGCCCCACCCCCUACUCUCCAAGCCCCGUCGAUGAGAACGAACCCCCCUUUGCCAUGGUUGUCGACCCUGCCGGAGGCGACCUCACCGACACCACCGACCCCGACACCCUGUCUGUGCCCCCUGACCCUCCAACCCCGCCACUUCGCCAACGCACCCCUUGCACCCCCCCGUACCCCACCCCCGCCCCGGGCCCCACCACAGUCCACUAUUGGACGCCCCUCCUGGGCCACCCAGCAUACGGGGGGCCCUCCUCUACGACGAGCGACUCCCGGACGGCUGGCAAAUCGGGCCAGAAGAACCCCGUCACCUACGCCUGGGACGAGCGGUGGGAGCAAAUCCCUGGUAUCGACAACGCCUACCUCAUCGGUGUCUUGAGCGACAACCUUCACCCCAGUGGACGGUUCACGGAGACUCAGUACCUGGGGUUCCUGCGGGCGAUGAUCCAGGCACGCAACCCCGCCGCCCGCGUAACCGACCACAAGGUAUGGAGAGAAGCAGCCGACAACCUCGUUGACGCAUACGACGUCCGCAACAUCCCCGUCUCGGUCCGUCAGUACUGGAACAGACACGCCGUGCGCCUCUACAACAACACGUCGGGGAAUGACCUCCACCGCAGUGUGUGGGGGAACUUCUACGACGACGAGAUCCUCGACGUCUCCGGCUACGGCGACUCCCCUCCACCCACCCCUGCCACACCCGCCGCACCCGUCGAGGAGGUCCUCCGUUCACGCAGCCCCUCCCCCCCCCCCGCCGCCUCCUCACCCAUCGCACUGUCAUCGUCCUGCGCCAUUACCUUCAUCGCCAGGGGCUACUUCAACCCCAUUGAUCCCGGCUUGAACAUUGACCUCUGGUACCCGCCAGCGCCCUCAUCACCGCUCACGGAGCCGGACUUGGAUUUGAACGAUCGGGACGAUCGUGCUUAG